GUUGAUUGCAGGCAGUGAGGAUGAACCAGGAUCUGAAAUGAUAAGAGAAUUACUGACAAGAGAUGAAGGAGCAGUUCCUCGCCCUGCUGGAGUGUCUUUGAGUAAGACACUGUUGCACCGCCAGUGAUGCUGUAAUGCAGAUGACCGUCAACAUGAAUUUGCCUUCUAAAUGAUGACAAAAUUAAUCGUUUUUCUAAUAUGCAAAAAGCCCACAGUCCUGCCUCCACCUGUGUUUCGCGCAAAAACAUUAUAUAACACAACCACACACACACACACACACACACACACGUGCACGCACGCACGCAGAAGUUUUAAUAUUAGGACAAGAUGCUAGUGUUCAGCAGUCAGAUAGUCUGAAGACACACAGAGAGAAAGACCAGAGACUGAAACAAGACACAUGGACACGUACGUCAACACCACUUCCCCCAACUCCUCCAGCAUCCACGCCAGCUGCUACACCUACCCUCCUGGUUCCUACAUCUUCACCGCCUUCACCGUCACCAACAUCCUCCUCUUGCUCCCUCUCUACAUCUACAUCCUCUGCUUUGGUUUCCAGCACUGGUGUAAGCAGAGCCACAGCGAAACCAUGAAUCCCCUCGACGUCUUCACCUACCAUAUGGUCGCCAUGGAGAUUGUUGCCAUCUGUGGGUCCACCGUCUGCUGCUGCGGCGCCUACACUGAUCACGGGAACAUGAUCGUGGCUGGGUGUAACACGUUUGCGAUCAUCGCGUGUGUAAAAAUGUUCUUUCACGUCCUCACGUGUGUGGAGCGCUACGUGGCUAUCAUUCACCCCGUCACCUACAUGAGCCUGAAUAAGACGGGCGGGGUCAGGAUCAGAAACGUCAGCAUGGGCUGUGUUUGGCUGACGUGCUCUGGAUUGAUCGCUUUAAGACUUCUGGUCAACAAAAAUGUCAACAUGAUCCUGUUUUUCUGCAAUUUGGCUUUGUCUCUGAUCAUCAGCUUUUUCUGCAACCUUUCUGUCCUCCGCGUCCUGAAUCGUCCAGGGCCCGGGGAGGAAGGCGGCAACAAAGGGAAGACCGACACAGUAAAGCAAAAGGCGUUCGUCACCAUCACCGCCAUAAUGGUGGUGCUGGUGGUGAGGUUUGGGGGGAAUCUGGUUUGCACGUCUUUGUCUUCCUCGUCUGUGUUGAGCGGCUCGGACCUCUGUGCGGUAAAGAUUUCAGGAGUCUGGUUCGGUCUGGCCAGCAGUUAUGUGCUGCCGCUGCUGUACCUGCACAGAGCAGAAAAACUACCGUGUUUCAAAUACGACAAAAGUUAAAUUAGUACUAAGUCAUGUUAUCUUUGGGAAGUGGGCUAAAGGAGCACUGUGGUAGCUUAGCGCCAAAGUCAUCGACCAUGAAGCGCCGUUUUGCAUCCUGCAAGAGACCUUUGUUGCAUGUCCCCUGUCUGUUUGGACUGCUCCAUGUCCUGUGUGCAGCACUGUCGUAUACACAUAUAGUGCUUUAGUUCUAUUCAUCUCGUUCCUUUAUCUCAUUACCUUCGUGCCAUUCUAUCAGAGAUUUGUCACUUAACUUUACACCCAAUCUUCUUUUUCAUACAUGUGUAUAAUGCUAUGUUUUAUUAUUAUGUAAUUUAGUCUCAUCUUACAUCUCAUUAUAUGACCUGUGCUCUUUUUACGUUUUAUCACUGAGCUGUUCUGUCGUCCAACACAUUGUCGUUGACCCUGUGUUAACUUACAUAUGCUAUGACUAAUAAACUUAACAUAUAACCAUUAAUAACCUUAAUGCAUCCUGUGAUUAGGAGCAGUUUUUUUGUUGACAUUUAUUUGCAUGUAAAACCUCUCUGUGUAAUGUAUUUGUAUU